UCCCAUUGGCCGAAAUCAUUUGAGCUUCAGCCAAUAACUUGAAAGUAGGGACAGGAAAUGGUCAGAUAAUGUAAAUACGUCAUCAGGUUUGUGACGAAUCAGGUUCCGCUCAAGGUGGUAUAUAAACCCCAUCAAGACCCCUCUUGGUCAAGACAUUGUAGCCACCUUAAUAAACACCCAGACUCUCAACUUAACAAAAAAUAAAUUUGCAAGGCGGGAUUGUUGAGCAAAACUCCGGCAGUGAGUGUAAACAGGCAGAAGGAUGACGGGGAAAACGCUUCUUUUAUCGGCGUUGCUGAUUGGUAUGGUCGCGGUGGUUCAUUCGGCACCAGUGGUCGUCGACUCAGACGCAGCAGCCAUGAUGUAUCUAAACUUAUAUGGGUACAUGGUUAGACAGCCCUCCUCUGAUGGCUCAGUAAACACAGAAGCAGAUUUGCAUAAAGCCAUCUGUGACUUCCAAGACAUGGCUAAUCUAACAGUUACAUGUGAGCUUGAUGCAGCAACAAUGGCGAAAAUGAACAUGCCGCGUUGUGGUAUGCCAGACAACAUGGGCCACUCCCUCGACGCCAAGAGAAAGAAGAGAUACUCGUUGGGAUCGAGGUGGUCAAGGUUGGACCUAACCUACCGGAUAGACAGCCGAACUCCAGACAUUGCAAAUCCAAAUGACGUUGACGACACUAUGGCCGCAGCUUUUAAGGUCUGGUCUGACGUCACUCCACUUACCUUCACGCGUGUCUUUGGCACCACUGCUGCCGACAUCAUCAUUACGUUCAACAGUGGUAACCAUAACGACGGCAAUCCCUUCGAUGGCGCCAGCGGUGUCCUUGCGCAUGCGUACUUCCCUGAGAAUGGAGACGCCCACUUUGACGAAGCUGAGACAUGGACCAUUAACACAUUUCAAGGAAUCAAUCUUUUCCAAGUAGCUGCCCACGAGUUCGGUCACAGCUUGGGUCUCGGGCAUUCCAACAUCGAAGCGGCGUUGAUGGCGCCCUUCUACCGUGGAUAUGUUCCGGACUUUGAACUCCAUUCUGACGAUGUUGCCGGCAUUCAAGCCCAUUACGGUGUCAACUCCGGGAUACCAGACGCAACCAUGCCCCCCAACCCAGUCACACCAAGCGCAGGAGGAUGCAGCGGCAACGUUGAUGCUGUUGCCACAACCCAGGAUAGAAGUACAUACAUCUUUGAAGGAUCUGACGUAUGGAAGGUUGAGCAAAACGCUAACGCCAUUGCAGAUGGGUUCCCCAAGUCCAUUGCUUCAACCUUUGCCGGACUGCCCAAUGAUAUCGAUGCUGCACUGUACUACCCCCGAAAUCAGAGGACUUAUUUUUUCAAGGGGAGUCAGUACUGGCGUUUCAACAAUGAAGCAGCUGAUGCAGGGUACCCACGUGACAUUGGGGACAAUUGGGUCGGGCUACCAGACGAUCUGGAUGCUGCGUUUGUGUGGAGUGGAAACGGCAGAAUUUACUUCAUCAAAGGUGACGAAUACUACCGCUUCUCCAGCCGCGUCGACACCGGUUACCCGCGUCCCCUCAGCGUCUGGAACAUCCCCGGCAAUCAAGUGAGCGCCGCCACACAGUGGAUCAACUCGCGAACCUAUUUCCUGACUUCGAGCGGAGACUACUAUCGCUAUAACGACAGAAACUUUGACGUUGACGCCGGGUACCCGCGUGACGUUGCAACCAACUGGCAGGGAUGUACAAACACCUUGAAGGCGACACCGUCGUCCAACGACAACGAUGACAAUGGUGUGACUUGUAUUGCGCCUAGUGUCGUCGCUGUGAUGACGUCACUGUUGUUCAUUUUCGUGUCUAAUUAUUAGUGUCUUUGCUAGGUACGGAAACAUGUCGAACAUUUCGAAGAUUAACCUACUAGUUUCGAAAACCAUUGUGCAGUUUGUUGUACUGUCCGAAGCAAUACGCAAGCAUACCCACCCAUACAGCUCAUUCAAACUUGGCGGCAAUUUAACUUCCUCAUUAAUCGGUUCAAUAUGAAUUGUUUAAUUGGUUCCUAUACAAAUUUACCUUUCAAAAACUUUUCGAUACCAGACCAGUGUGGCUUUUAUGUCUUAAAGAGUAUUAGUUUUUAUUCUUUUUAUGUUAAUACAAUAUUUUGAACGAGCCAAACACCAAGUUUACCAGUACAUUUUUGCACUUUUAUUGAUUUAAAAUUAUUUCAUGUGUGACUUUUAGGCGUACUUUUUAAUGCUGACCAUGGUACAUGUACUGUGUCCAAUGGAUUGGAGUUAAAAUAAUAUUCUUGUACAUGUACACAUGUAUAUGACUUGUUAGGGUGUUCAUAGUUGCAGGAUAUUUUUUGGAUCUCUUUACGUCAUUAGAUUUUCUUGAAAGAGGCAAAAAUUGUCAUCACAGAUACCAAAGAAGACUUGGCUUUUGUUAUGCCCGUAGUCGUAUAUAUAUUUUUGUUAAUGAUACAAAAGUCAGCGAGCCUCUUAAAUGUAACUUAGGGUAUAAUAUAUUGACGGUCCACACCAUUAACAAAAUCAGGUGAUCUUUGCAGUAGCGCACUGUGUUAGAAAAAUAGGUGGUCACUGAUAUCUCAACAUUUCUGAGAAACAUAGGUGGUUGAUAACUCUACGUUUCGAUUAGUAUGCAUUGAUCGUCUUCAGUAGAAAACGUAUAAGAGUUGUCAACCAUCAGUUCUUCCCGCAGAACCAACACCAUUUAAAAGAGAUUUACACAUGGUGCUACCGCAAACCUCGCCCAGUGAGGAUUGUUAUUAAUGUGCACUUCACCUUUUUAAAUUGCCAACGUCGUGGCUGUACCUGUAUAUUUAUUUGUGUGCUUGAUAUAUAUCUGGUUUUUAAUUUUGUCACUAAAAGCACUUGGUAGUUAUUUUAUUUUUAUAAUGUACUUAGAUGUAAA